AAUUAGUACAGAAUGUAAUGCUUUGCUGACUCAAAAAUCAAAGCCUACUCUCAAAACCGUACAAAAUGGUUUCGACCUAUGCAAUAUAUACUAAAACAUCCCUCUAUUUUCAUUCCAGAAAACAUUACUGAUUGUCCUUAUAUCCGCAACUGUUGUUGAACUGAUAACCUUGUUGGCACUUGCCGGUCACUGGCGACAAUUAAGGUCGGAUAUAAUGGCUCCAAGGGAAUUCAACAUCUGCCUCCCGUUGCGGACACUUAUCAUAGAAUCUGGUGAAGAAGAAAGUCACCAGUGUCCAGACGGACUUAAGGAAAAGGUCAACGAAACAGAAGAAACAAAAUUAUGUUGUGGAUCUAUGAGCAUUAUCCUCAAUAACGUUUCCGCCAAGAUUGUUAAAGAAAAGUAUGAUGACGAUGCUUUUCCUGAAUAUCCAUCACUUGAUAUGACGGCAUUAAACUGUUCCGAAAAGAAGACUGUACCGCCGGAAGCCAAUCUGAUUGGUAUUUUGGGUGUUAAUCAACAAGAUCAAACGAACGAUUGUUCGAGAUUGUUUUGGAAUAGCACCUAUCCAUCGUUUUCUUGUCCUAUGCUAAGAUAUCUGACAGACGAGGGAACACUAAACAUCGAAACGAGUGGGUAUUUCUACAUUUCAUCACAACUCAAGUCAAAACACUCAACCAUAAAUGGCACAGCAGGUGUUUCGGGCGCCAAUUUUAAACAUUUCAUUUACAGAAUAUCAGAAGAUAGGAAAGAGCAAGUUCUGUUAGAAGGAGAAAAAUCAUUUUGUAAAGUUGCUUCAGACAGUUUUGAAUGUACAAGUUUCAUCGGUGCUGUUUUCAAACUUGAGACCGGAGACCAGCUAUAUGUAACCACCUCUCAUCCAGGCAGUCUUGUUCCCGAGUCUAAAGAUAAUUACUUUAGCAUUUAUAGUGUGUAAUGUACACAUAUAUUUCCAUAAAAAUUCAAAAGAAAAGAUGAGCGCAUUUAUGUAAUUUGGCGGUAUAUUCCAAUUAUGUUUAUUAUGAGGAACUAACUGAAUUUUUAUCUACUAAACUAAAGCUAUAUGACGAAAUAAGUAAAGUAACGUUCAGAGGAACGCAUCCUGCUGACAAUGGGCAUAGUUUGGCUUUAAUGGGCAACAAGGAAAGGAAAUGACAAACAUGAAAACAAAGGAAUCACUUUAAGCAUGCUUAUACCUGAAAUCAUAAAUAUAAAAAGAAUGUUGCUAGUUUAAUUAAUAACUACUCUCAUAAUUAUAAAACAUUGCCGAAGACAUCGUCUUUUGAAUUGUUAUGUAGCGGCAAACAUUUAGCCAAAAAUGAUCUCGUAUUUUAAUGCAGAUAUUUUAUAUAAAAAUCAUUUUGUGUGAACAUAUGUUAUAAUAUGCUUUGUGAAAUUCAUACCUUUAUCACCAUGGUCAUAUAUUUUGUAAGUUUUGGUUUUGAAAAGAAAAAGAAAGAAAAAACACCUUGCAUGUAAGUGAAAUUUAGUUGUAGAGCAGGAAAAUAAGAGAAUGUUUCAGAUGUGAAUGAAAGCAUAAUGGCUUACUUGUGUCACUUAUUUAGAUGCUUCUCAUUAAAACAUAUCUAACGACGGUUUUAUUAUGCCCCCAUUCGAAGAAUAUGGGGUAUAUUGUUUUGUUAAUGUUGGUCGGUCGGUCUUUGUCGGUAGACCGCAUGGAUUCCGCUGAUUAUCUUUUAAAUAUUUAUAACACAGUUUCCAUAUUUCAUAAAUUGAUUAGUGAUAUGUAGUAGAUGACCCCUAUAGAUUUUGGGGUUCAAAUGUCAAGGUCACAUGGGUAUUGAAUGCCAGAAUGGUUUCAGCUCAUUAUCUUGAAAACUAUUUAUCACUUAGUCUUUCACUUUUUGGCUGGCUAUAACUAGUAGAUGACCCCUUUCGAUUUAGGGUCUUUAGGUCAAAGGACAAGGUCACAGGACCUUAUAUACAGAAUGCAUUCCACUCAUUAUCUUCUAAACUACUUGUUAUCUAGUUUUUGUUCCGUAUAAAAUUGACAAUCACUAGUUGAUGACCCAUAUUGAUUUUGAGGUCACUAGGUCAAAGGUCAAGGUCACAAUAACAUUUAAUGUUAAAAUGGUAAAGGAAGAUGCUCAUAGUUACAUAAUAUGAUAAUGUAUAUUUUAUUCCAACAAAAUUACCAAUGGCAUGUGUCAAGGGCUAGAAAGGGAGGGGACAUAUAUGCCGUUCGACAUUUCCUGUUUAUCAAAAGGCACAAAAAUGUACUUUUUAAUAGUUAUACGUAAUACUUUUAGGUUGCAGUUAUUUGAAACUUUACAAGGCUCUUAAAAGUAAUAAGGUUAUUUUGUGAGACGUAAACGGAUAAAAGGAUCCGUUUCAUUUUAUAAAACGUGAAGAUAUCAUUUGCUAAGAUCAUUACCUGAAACUAAGAAAGAAUUUUCCUGUUUGUAAUCCAAUAUGAAAUGAAACUCCUUUGUAUGUAACCAACCUUUUUUUUUGGGUGGGGGGAUUCGUUAAUACGUGAUUAAUCACGUUAUUUGAAUUCAAUCAAAUAACAGUUAACAAUCCUACGGUAUUUUGGUACGAUAUGUAUCGUACAUUUACGUACAUUUACAGUUCCUUUUGUGUAACCAUAUCAGAUUGGAUAUGAUGAAUUUUAAAAUUGUUUGUUUAAACAAUUAAAACCACAAUUACCCGUGUUUAAUGAACGUCAAAACUUUAGUUACAUGGUAGUAAUGAUGAAAGAAAGAUACGCUAUGUUUUGCAUAUGAUUUAAAUGGCAUAAAGCAACCUACUAUCAUUUUUGGCGAACUUUCAUUAGCCUUUAACCAUGUGGAUUAAAACGAAACGAAACAAAUAGAUAAGAUAGGGUUUCAAAAAAAUGAUUUAAAGUGAAAACAAUGGAGUAGUGAUAUAACAUGGAAUUUUAUGACGGCCAAAAUUGAUAUGCGAUCAGGCUGGAUAACGCUUUACGAUUUAUGUUUGAAAAUCACAUAGCACAAACGCUUUAAGUUAUUAGUUACAUCUUAUAGGUGUGAAAUAAUUGCUUGUAUCAUAGCUGUGAACCUUUCUGUUGCAAAUGUGUCCGAGUUAAAUCGUAUACAUAUACUUGCACCGUGCGUGAACUGGAGUGCAGGUAUUAGUUACCCGCACUCCAGAGCAUGCCCAUUGAUUGGCUCAUUUUUGCUGGGGUUUACUUAUUGUGUCGGCAGAGAAAGUGAAAGCAACAGACAUAUCAUAUUUAGAUGCUUGUUCAUUGGUUACUUUUCUCCGGGGUUUCAUAUUGUGACACAGGGAACGUGUUUUCUAUGUUUGACUAUGAUACAAAAGAGAAAGAACAUCAAAACACUUGGCAAUCUGAUUAAUACUCGGGGGCCACGCUCCCUCUUACAAAUCAGAUGGCCUCGUGUUUCGAUGCUCUUUCUAUUACUUAUCAAACUCGUUUACGAAAAUGUUAUAAAGCACGACAUAUGUAUGUGUUAUAUUAAUUUCUUUAACUCGUGUAAUCAAAUUUUAUAUGACAUGACAACUCAUGUGGGACCUUUUAUGUCUGAACUG